AUGAGUGGGCGAUCGGGCCGUGGUUUAAUUGGAAAACUUUUCUCUAAAAAGAAUAAUAGGGAAAAAGAAGAGCGUGCGACUGACAUAGGUAUGCCAACUGAUGUUAAACAACAUAUUCAUGUUAGCAAGAACUCUGAGACGGGUAUGUUGGAAGGCUUGCCUAAUUCCUGGCUAAGGUUGUUGAAUACACAGAUUACGCCCGCCGAACAAAAUGAGAAUCCUGAUGCGGCCAUUCAGGCCGUUAAGUUUCAUAUGUACACAAUCAAGAAGGAAAAAGCGCUUGACGAGCCUUUCAAACCGUUCCUUACGCAAGAGGCGAUUACAGAAGAAAAUAUCGAAAUUGAAAAAUUGUUAGAUCAUAAGAAUGCACACCAGAGUCAAGAUUCAGAUUUUUCUAUUGGUCAGAGUAGUGAGGAGGAAGCAAACACAAAUGACAUAUUCUCUCAAAGACAAACCAUGCCGGCUGCACUUCUCAAACACAAUAUGAAGAAAAAGGAUGCCGUCAUGGACUUAACAGCUGUUGUAGAAGAUUUAAGUGUUAUUGGAAAUGAUGAUGAUGAGAGCCCUAUACUGAGGAAGAAGGAGAUGAUGUAUGCUACACUCAAUGAUGAGGAAAUAUAUGAGGAACUAAAAAGAAUAUGUAACAAAGAUGAUCCUUAUGAAAGGUUCGAGCGGAUCAAGCAACUCGGUGCUGGUGCCUCAGGUGUGGUGUUCGUCGCCAUAGAUAGUAAGGACAACUCAAAAGUGGCCAUCAAGGACAUAGAUUUAACUAAACAGAGCAAAAAGGAGCUAAUACUCAAUGAAAUCAAUGUGUUGAAGGGUUUCAAUCAUAAGAAUCUUGUCAAUUUCCUCGAUGCAUUUCUUAGUUACGAUCACCUUUGGGUAGCUAUGGAACUGCUCGAUGGAGGGUCCCUAAAUUACGUGGUUACUGAAGUCGUUAUGAAAGAGGGUCAGAUCGCGGCUGUUUGCCGUGAAACCUUACAAGCCAUUGCGUUCCUGCAUUCCAAAGGUACAAUUCACAGAGAUAUCAAGUCGGACAAUGUUUUACUUGGGAUGGACGGCACUGUAAAAGUAACGGACUUUGGGUUCUGCGCAAAUAUAGUUGGUGAUGAGAAACGGCAAACGAUGGUCGGUACUCCCUAUUGGAUGGCACCCGAAGUUGUCACGAGGAAGCAGUACGGUAAGAAGGUUGACGUAUGGUCUCUAGGUAUCAUGGCCAUAGAAAUGAUUGAAGGAGAACCGCCAUAUAUGAAGGAAUCCCCACUGAGAGCCCUAUAUCUAAUCGCAGCAGUGGGUCGCCCUAAAAUUCCUAGAUGGGAAAAAUUGUCUCCAGAUUUUCAGGACUUCUUAGAUAAAUGUCUGCAGGUAGAUGUAGAUUUACGAGCAGCAGCUGACGAGCUCUUAAUGCACCCGUUCCUAAGCUGCGCAAUGGAAUUAAGAACUCUAACGCCUCUCAUCAGAGCUGCGCAGAAGAUCCAUCACAAGAACUAUGAUUAA